AGAGUAAGGAUGAUGUGUCCUGCCUGGUUCUUGGCUCUGGCUGUACUGUGUGCAGGUGGAUCUGAAGUUAGAGGUCAGUGUUGGGAGAACACUCGCUGCAGAGACCUCAGCACUGAGGAGAACAUCUUGGACUGCAUCCAGCUAUGCAAGUCUGAUCUGACAGAUGAAACCCCUGUCUACCCUGGAGAAAACCAUCUGCAACCUCCCUCUGAGCCAGAGCAAAAUGAGGUCCUCGCACCUCUAUCCACCAUUGCCUUCGUUCCCACUGCUGAGCAAAUGGCUCCAGAAUCCAGCACUCGGCAUGAGCACAAACGCUCUUACUCCAUGGAGCAUUUCCGUUGGGGCAAGCCAGUGGGCCGCAAGCGCCGACCCAUCAAAGUCUAUACCAACGGUGUAGAGGAGGAAUCUGCCGAGACCCUGCCAGCUGAGAUGAGGCGUGAGCUGGCGACCAAUGACAUUGACUACCCUCUGGAGGAGAACACCUUGAGCCAGCAGGAGAAGAAGGAUGGCUCUUACAAAAUGAACCAUUUCCGCUGGGGUGGACCACCCGCCAGCAAGCGCUACGGAGGUUUCAUGAAGUCCUGGGAUGAACGCAGUCAGAAACCCCUUCUCACGCUCUUCAAAAACGUUAUCAACAAAGACCAUCAGAAGAAGGACCAGUGA